AAUAAGAAAAGAAAAAAAAAAAAAUCAAAAAUAUUGUCUUCAAGGGGUUUUAGUAGGGUUUUCAGUCUUCUGUAUUUCCCCGCACCUUAGAGCUAUAGAUAAGGGAACUUUUAUUUCUUCUAUUUGCCAAGAAAAAGUAAGAAAAAGAGAAAAUAAGAAGUGAAAAAAUGGGUUCUUUGAGAAAUGAUCAAACAGAGAUAAGAUUGCCUGAACAAAAGGGAAUUGCAGAGGAAGAGGAAGAACCCAUUUUAAUGGAGCAACCACAGAAGUUUUGUAUGUUUCCAAUUAAGUAUCCACAGCUUUGGGAGAUGUACAAGAAAGAAGAGGCCAGUUUUUGGACCGCCGAGGAGGUUGACCUCUCACAGGACGUGCAGCAGUGGGAAAAUUUGACCCUAUCUGAAAAGCACUUCAUAAGCCACGUGCUUGCAUUUUUUGCUGCCUCUGAUGGGAUUGUUCUGGAAAAUCUCGCCGCAAGAUUUUUGAACGACAUUCAGAUUCCUGAGGCUCGGGCAUUUUAUGGAUUUCAAAUUGCAAUGGAAAAUAUACAUUCUGAGAUGUAUAGCUUGCUUUUGGAAACAUAUAUCAAGGACUCAAACGAGAAGAACAGAUUGUUUAAUGCAAUUGAAAACAUUCCAUGUGUUGAAAGAAAAGCCAAGUGGGCAUUGAAUUGGAUUAAGAGUGCAAGCUCAUUUGCAGAGAGGCUAGUCGCUUUUGCUUGUGUAGAAGGCAUUUUCUUCUCUGGGAGCUUCUGUGCGAUUUUUUGGCUUAAGAAGAGGGGAAUGAUGCCGGGCUUGACGUUCUCUAACGAGCUUAUUUCUAGAGACGAGGGUCUCCACUGUGAUUUUGCUUGCCUCCUAUAUAGUUUACUUAGGAAGCAACUACAUUGGCAGAGAAUUCAGCUUAUUGUGCAAGAAGCUGUUGAAAUCGAGACCGAAUUUGUUUGUGAUGCUCUUCCGUGUGCACUAAUUGGCAUGAAUUCAGAUUUAAUGAGCCAAUAUAUAAAGUUUGUUGCCGAUCGACUGCUGGUUGCAUUAGGGUACCAGAGGAUGUAUAACGUGAAAAACCCUUUCGACUGGAUGGAAUUCAUAUCUUUACAAGGAAAAACUAACUUCUUCGAGAGGAGGGUGGGCGAUUAUCAGAAGGCCUCAGUCAUGUCGAAUUUGCAAGAAAGUUGCGAAAACUACACGUUCAAAAUGGACGAGGACUUUUAGUUCUUUCCCUUUUUGUUAUUCUGUUGAUGCCUGAUUUUUUAAAUAUUUUGGGAACAUUUUAUUGUAGUAUAACAUGUAAAAUUUUCAGUGACCUGAGAAAUUAUAGAGCAAACCUCUCAUUCAGCUCAUAUGCUACUUUUUGCUCACCAAAGUCGCAUUAUGUUUGAAAAUACAAUUAGGUUUAAUGUGAUAAUAGGAAUGAAAAUUCAGUUAUAUACAAGAAAUGCCUUUUUAACCUUUUC